CAAGAUCAGCUGAAAACAUUCACAUUCACAAAACAGACAGUCACAGCCCAGCACCUCCUCUAUUUGCAUUCAAGCAGUAUCAGCCUUUGGUCUCUCAAGCCAGACACACAGAGAACGAGCACUAGAUAUGCUACACGUCCCCUUUCAAAUUGAUUCCUAAGCAUUAACCUGGAAUGGACUGCAAACUGUGUGUGUGAUAUAGCAGCUUCAGUCGUGGGAGUCUUCUCAGCUCCUCUUACAUCUUUGUGCAGCAUCUUUGGAGUCUCCAUCCUGUCCACACACAUUGCUUGAGAUUUCUGUCUGAGGAUAGAUGCAAACCAUAUAUUCUGCAACCUACAACAGUUAAAAAAGGGAAUCCAUUCAGAAUACUUGCUGAAGCAGCAUGCAUGCAAAAGCAGAGCCACUCUGUCAGUAAAUCUACCUAGAUCAAUUUGGGUGGGGAUUAUACUCAUUUAAAGCACCAUGGAUCUACAGUCUUACAGAGGAUCAUCAGAUGUACCUUGAUGGACCAUACCAAGUAAUAUAGCUCAAGAUUAACAGUAAUCUGAAGAAAAGUUGAUUCAAGGAGAUUUAAUCCAAGAACAUGGAUAUUUCAACUGGAGAUAUCCAACAGGUUCUUUCCAUUGACCAAAUACGUUCCAUCAGAGCCAACAAUGAUUAUGUGGAGAGACCUACAGUUUCAUUUACACAAACCUGGUCCAACCCUUCUCUUUCACAGUACAGUGCAAAACAAGAGUGGCCUCAUGAUCAUUUGGUUUCUUACAAUCAUCAGGAUCUACACCGCAGCCAAAGUCAUCAACAUCAAUCACAUGUUUAUCUAAGCCAUUCCAGUACAAUAAGUUCAGUUUCUCGGAGCACCACUGCUUCAGAUCAACGACUUUUAUCUGGAAUUACCCCAUCUAAUUCUGGCCACUCAUUUAUGAGGACACAGCCAAAAGAUGGUGUCAUGAAGCAAGAUGAAUUUAUAAAAGGAAUAAUGGAUAAGACUGACAUAUAUGGCCAUAAUAUAAUCUGUGAAGAAUGCGGGCGUUGCAAAUGUGAUGAAUGUAAACAGGUUCGAAAUCUCCCUUUCUGCUGGGUUUGUAAUAAUAGGUGCAUAUGUUCUGCAGAAAAUGUCAUUGAUUAUGGGACUUGUCUUUGUUGCAUUAAAGGCCUGUUUUACCAUUGCUCUACUGAUGAUGAGGAUAACUGUGCUGAUGACCCCUGUUCCUGUAGUCAGGGAUCCUGCUGUGCCCGGUGGGCAGCCAUGAGCCUCCUUUCAUUCUUCAUGCCCUGUCUAUGCUGCUAUCUUCCUGCCAAGGGUUGCCUGAAGUUAUGUCAGAAGGCUUAUGAUAGGGUAAAAAGACCUGGCUGUCGAUGUGAGAAUCAUACUAACACUGUCUGCAGAAAAAUAUCCUCAUCAAGUGGCACACCAUUCCCAAGGCCCUUUGAUAAGCCUGUAUGACCAAAAAGGCCUUAUUUCGUUAUGAUUCUGUUUCCUUUAAAUCAAUACUACUUUCUACUGUGCUCUUCUUGGAAACCUUCCGUGACAGUUAAUGCCUUACUAAGACCCUAUAAUGAUUAAGGAAUAUCUAAUCAUCAUCUGGAAAUCUCAGCAAAAUUAAUUUAAAAAUGUGAAAGAUAAGAAUUGCCAUGUGUCAAACCCCACAGCUUUUAAUUAGAAAAGUUAAAACAACUAAUGUUACAUAAGGGGGUUUGCUGAGAUACUGUCACAGUAUAAGAGAUCAUAUGCACAUCAGGAGGUCAUGGAAAAGAAGUCGUGUAGGUGAUCUUCCAUCCUGGAAUUUAAACAUCUUAGAAAUUAUAAAGGAAAGAAAGAAAACUUGCAUUAUCCCCAGUGCAUUGCACAGUGGCUUAUGCUGGUGAAUAAAUCCAUAUCUUAUCAGGAAGAGCUACAAAUUCGGAUGGACUAGCAACCUAAUUGCUGCAGAAUCAGUGUUUACAACAGGAGAAGAUCACAGUCAAAUGAAAAUAUGAAAACAUGUGCAUCAUGAUAUACCAGAGGAAUAUUUGCAAGUAUAUAUCUGUAUAUAUCAGAACAGAAUAUACUAAAUAAAGACCAGUCCAAGUAAAGAGAACAGAAUGAACUAGAAAGGACUAUAAAGUGAUCAGGAACUUGAAUUUGCUUGUGUGGUUUCAACAGCUGAAUUAUUCAGAUCCUGAGCACACAUGCUGCAAGAGCAAAAUAAGGAGCCGUUCUGUUUUCUUUUACUACUUUUUUUUUAGAGCAGAAGGAAUAAAUCAGUAUAUCGGCCAGGUAAAGAUGCAUUGUGUCACAUGUCAAAAUGUUAUGAAAACCAAAGAAGAUACAAUCUGCAUGAGUAAAUCACUUCUUUAUCUUUUCUGCCUGUACCAUUAUAUUCUUAAAUAGGUUCAGUUUACAGAAAAUUUUCAGGUGGCAGCUGAAGCUUAUAUUUUGUUCACUUACAUAACACCUUUCAGUGUCAGAGAUACCGGCAAUGUAUUCUGACUGCCCUUCUGGCAUCUGCGGCAUCCAACUUUUUGGCAAGACCUUGUACAUGGUGCUACAGGUGUUCCUAGAAAAGUAGGAUCAUUUACUAUGUAUUUAUCCUGUGAAUAACGGUGUUACAAUCUAAGGAUUAAACAUAAAGAUGUACCAAACUUUACUGGCCACAAGAAUGCAUAAGUAAAACUAAUUUUAGCACAAGAUAAACUGCAGCCAAUGCAACACUAGAAUCAUCAUUUUAAAAACCAAAACUUAACAUAUACAGGUUACUAUACUAAUAUGAUUAAGUUAGAUAUGCAUACAGUGGCAGAAUACAAGUGGUGCAGUAUAUGCCUAAAGUAUGCCUGGAUACAAUUCAUUUUGAAACCCAUUAAAUGCUACAAAUUGUAAACACAGUAUUUUCAGUAACAGCCAUUAAAAUGGUGGUUUGGAUAAAAAACAUGCUUUUACCUAGCUGUAUCUUCAUAGCUCUGCCACUGAAUGCAACUAAUUUCAUGCCACAAGGAUGGGGAGAGCCAUUUGGGUACAAAGGGUUCAAGAAUGUAUGUCCCUGGCUGACUGGGGGCAAUAAAAACACAAGCCACAUAUGGCUCCCAAAUGCCUUUAUUGCACUUGGCCCCAGUGAGCCAAGUAGUUGUUUGAUGGUGGCCCUGUACAUACAUAUAGUUAAUAUUAUGUGAAUAUAAAGCAGAAAUAUCAUUCCAAAGCAAGCAAAGUACAGAUGGCAUAACUUGGGACUAUUGGGUUGUUGUACAUUAAAAUGGUGUAAUGGCAAUUAAAUGCUAGGGCACAGACACUUGUAGAUUUUCUGUGCAGUGCUGCUGAAUCCAUAUUAUUGCACUUAUUUAUAGUGAUAAAAAAAAUAAACACCAAUAUAUAUCAAGGUGCUUUAAUCCAAGGUCCUCCACUUGUGCCAAUAAUCAUUCUGCAUGGUCAAUAAAGAAGGGAUAUAUUAUGGAGCAAAAAUGUAUGCCCAUUGCUGAUUUAUUUUUUAUCAUGAAUUUUAUAUCCAUAAUAUUGAGGUGAGGAGAUAUCUCUUCUGAAGACCGCACCACAUCCUCAUAUCAACUGUGGCAACCACUUUUCAAGCAAUGAGUGAAUUAAAAAAUGAUAGUCAAGUGUUGUCAUCACCAGUGAUAACCAACUCCAAGUCAUCAAUAGUGACCAAGUCCAAUGGUACCAUCUUAAGAGUGUGAUAUAAAAAAUAAUUGGAUAUAAAUAUGAAAUAUUACUAAAUGAAAGUUCUCCAGUUAAAUUAUAAAUGUUUCCAAUUUACCUUUUUCUAUGGAACAUGAAGGGGCAGAUUUACUAAGAUCGAGUGAAUUUUCAAAGUUAAAAAAGUUCGAAUUUCGAAGUAAAUU